UCUCCUUGCCGUGCGGAGCGAUGAAGAGAGAACCGCAACUCCGCGGGAAAAAGGUUCUCGUUCCGAUUUAAGAAUCGGCUGUCGCUCUUCAGAGCUCCACUGGCGUUUGCUUCUCCUAGAAGAACAGGUCGGAUGGAGAGAUCCGAAGCCGUGAAGAAGGAAUCGAGGUUGAACUCUCUCAGAAGGUGUUUGACGAUGCCAAUGGCGAGGCCAUCGUUCGCCGCUUCGGAUUCGCCGCUCACCAUUUUCUACGGCGGCAAGGCUAGGGUUUACAACGCGAUUCCCCCAGAAAAGGCGCAAGCGAUAAUGGUCAUCGCGGCCGCCGCCGCAGAGGCCGCAAAGGUCGGGGCUCCGGCUGAGCACAACGCAGCUGAGGUCCUUGGGCUGGCGCUCACCAGAUCUCUAUCACUUCAAAGCUCGACGGCGGAAGGAGGGCAAUCUACUACUCCCAACGCUCUCUUUAUGCUCCAAACAGAGUUGCCCAUUGCAAGGAGGCACUCGCUUCAGCGUUUUCUGGAGAAGCGCCGGGACAGGCUGGCAAACAAAACUCCAUAUGCUUCAGCAAUGUCGCCCAACAACAUGGAAGUGGUCUCGGAGGGCAGUCCUAAACUCACAUAAUCCCUAUCAGCUAUUACUAAGUCUCUAUUGUCUAAGGAAGAAACUUGAUCCUAAAAAUCCUAGUAUAGACUGCGUGUUGAGUCUCACCCUGUUUGGAUAUGAUUAUGAACUUGUUACUCUCGUCUUUGUCAUAACUAACUAGCUAAGCUUUGCUUAAACUAAUUGUUAAUA